AUGCUGCCGCUACACCAUCGAGACGACCAAGCUACAGUUGCAAGCGCACAGCUCGAAGAGAGCUUCGGCAACAUGGACAUAGACACUACGGCUUCAUUCGACGAUAGCCCGAAGCAGCCAUUUGGAGAUCUUUCGUAUGAAAUACGCGCUCUUCUCCUGGAAGGUCCUCCAAUUUUGCUUGUCGCGUCUCAUUCGGGUGCGCCAUCGGACUACGCCUCCCAGUGUUCUGCUGCCAAAGGUCUCGUUUCCCUCGAUCGCAGUCGUCAAAUGACCGAGCAAGCCGAGAGCGGCCACCGUCCAUAUGCCAUCGAAAUUUCGGUUUGGGCGCUCGCUGCGGCUUCGCAGGCGAUUCGAACCGGCUAUGUGGAAUACCCAGACGUUUCGCAACUCGCUCUUGCCAUGGGCCCCAUCUUACCAGGUUACGCCAUGUGUGUCCUCGACUGGCUUGUUCGGUGUUUCAGAAGCAAGACGACGACAUCUUUCAUUCCCGAUGACCCAGAAGUCGAUGGCGAAGACAAGUGGUAUUGGCUGUAUAGCUAUGCGGCGAUGCGCGCUCUCGGUAUUGACGCUGUGGAAGAUCUGCAGCCAUUCAUCAAGCGUCUUAUUGAUCAUGAAGACCUCGUCGCGGAGAUGGCCAGCUACCUACGUCUUCUGAGAGCCCUGCAGCCUUCGGAUCCAAUCGUCACGUAUCUUGCUGUAAGAACAGCCAGGCAGAUGUUGGGAAAUGCGCACGUGUUGUCGGAGGCGCAAUGCGACGCCAUAGGCGCAGCACACCCGCAUUUCGCCGCGCUCGUCAACGAGCAGCUGCAAAAGUCGAAGUUGUGA